GGCACGCUCUGGUCCGUGACUCUAAGCGGUCCGGCUCGGAAACAGCUCAGACGGCUCUGAGGCAGACAUGGCGUCUCCCGCGCGGGGCAACCACGUGUGGGUGGGAUCCGAGACGGGCAUUUUGAAAGGGGUCAACCUGCAGAAGAAACAGGCCACCAACUACAGGAUGGGGGACAUGGCCCUCAAUCGACGAGAAGCGGUCACUGCCAUGUGUUGGGGGGACUCCUAUGAAUCGGAGAUCUUUGUAGGAUGCCUUGAUGGAUCAGUUAGAUUAUUCAGCACUGAGAAGGGCAAGUUCAUUGAGUCACAAGACUGCCUGGGAGGUGAAGGACCCUUUUGUGGCUUGGCUGUCCUUGAUGGUUCUCUUAUCACCUGUGUGGAGUCUGGGUUGCUGAAAGUCUGGCGGGAUUCCUGGUCGGAGAAUGUGGAGAUACAGGUGGGACCUGGUGUGUGCCGCAUGCGGCAGAACUCCGAACAGCGCCAUUGCGUGGCCACGGGGGGGAAAGAGAACUCUCUUAAAAUAUGGGACCUGCACCAGCCUCAGGAACCAAUUUUCCAAGCCAAAAAUGUGCGCCAUGAUUGGCUGGACCUGAGGGUACCAGUCUGGGACCGGGACUUGGAAUUCCUGCCCGGAUCAGGGAAGCUUGUUACUUGUACUGGACACCAUCAGGUCCGGCUCUAUGACCCCAGCAGUCCCCAACGCCGUCCUGUCUUGGAGGUUACCUUUGGCGAGUACCCGCUCACGGCUCUCUCGCUCACCUCCGAUGCAAAUGCUGUUGUCGUUGGCAGUUCCCACGGGGAUGUUGCAGUUAUAGAUCUACGGCAAGGGCGAUUGGUGAACUGCCUCAAGGGUUUUGCUGGGAGCGUCCGUGCCAUCCGGUGUCACCCGGCGCUUCCGGUGGUCGCCUCGUGUGGAUUGGACCGGUUCCUUCGGCUGCACAACCACCAUAGCCAGCGUUUAGAGCAUAAGGUUUAUCUGAAAUCCCGACUGAACUGCCUCUUGCUGACCAGCAGGGAAAAAUGGGAGAGUGAGGGCCUUGAGCCGUCCACUGACCUCCAGGACGAGGUGAAAGAGGAAGAGGAAGACGACGAGAUUUGGAACUCCAUGGAAGUGGUGGCCUCCAAGCGGAAAGUUGAUCCAGAUCUUGGCUCCAGGGCAGGGAGUGAGAAAACCCCCAAGAGCCAGGCCUUCAAAAAGCAGAAGACGACGAAAAAGGCUAAAUCUUGAUGGCGGUGAGAGGAAAAAAAAAGAAAAAAAAUAGCCUACGGAAAAAAUCAGCCGGGCAGAAGAAAUCCUUGGAGGUGGGGAAGACAGGCUUGAAGUCCCGGUCUGAAAGUACCAAGAUCACGGUGAUUUGGCGACGUUGGUCUACCUUCAGCAGCACCCGCGAUUCCUUUAAGAGUAACAAGAGUCUGGAGGGAGAGGCAGCUGGACCCAGUGACAAAGUUGCUCAGACCUCUCAGAUUUCCAGCUCCAGUGGCUAGGCCAUGGGGCUUAUGAUGAAGAGAUCUGGAGAGAAAAGCUAACAUGUGUUACGGCGGCUAGGUUUGACAUAUCUGGUACAGCUAUGCGGAAUAAACAUUCAUUAUUGCGUA